UUUGCCACGAGCCAGACCGGAGUGGGGGCGGGGGGGGCUCCCCAGCUCAGGCACAACAAGCUUCCCUUUGGACUCCACUCAUGGCAAGGGCUGGCAAGUCCCGAGAAGGCUGUUCCAGCCCAGAGCCUGAGAUCGCGAGCCAACCGCCGGCGCGCUCCGUUCCUCUCCCUUCCUCGGCAGCAGGCGCUCGGGCUGCGGGAGGCGGCUCCACCCCUUUCGGGUUGAUCAGUAAGUGUGGCCGAUGGUGUAAUUGUGAGGCCGUCAUGACAGCAUUUAAAGGCAUCUGGACCAAGUCCUUCUGGAAGUCUGUGUCAGCAGAAUUCUUGGCCAUGCUCAUUUUUGUUUUCCUCAGCCUUGGCUCUACAAUCAACUGGGGUGGGAUUGAAAAACCCUUGCCUGUGGACAUGGUCCUUAUUUCUCUGUGUUUUGGACUCAGCAUUGCAACAAUGGUCCAGUGCAUUGGACAUAUCAGUGGUGGCCAUAUUAACCCUGCAGUGACCGUUGCAAUGGUUUGCACUCGGAAGAUCAGCCUUGCCAAGUCAGUUUUCUAUAUUGUAGCCCAAUGCCUGGGUGCCAUUGCAGGGGCAGGCUUACUCUAUCUGGUCACACCAUCAAGUGUAAUUGGGGGACUGGGAGUUACCCAGAUACAUGCAGAACUUUCCAGUGGACAUGGACUCUUGGUGGAGCUGAUAAUUACCUUCCAGCUGGUUUUUACUAUUUUUGCCAGCUGUGAUUCUAAGCGAAAUGAUGUCACUGGUUCUGUGGCAUUGGCAAUUGGACUAUCGGUUGCAAUAGGACAUCUAUUUGCUAUCAGUUACACAGGGGCCAGCAUGAACCCUGCUCGGUCAUUUGGGCCUGCAGUUAUCAUGGGUAACUGGAAAGAUCACUGGGUAUAUUGGCUGGGACCAAUUAUAGGAGCUGUCCUGGCAGGCGCUCUUUAUCAAUACGUCUAUUGCCCUGAUGAUGACCUUAAGCACACGUUCAAGGAAACUCUUAGUAAGACAACCCAGCAAUCCAAAGGAAAAUACAUUGAAGUAGAAGAUCCCAAGAGCCAGAGGGAAACAGAUGAUCUACUCCAGAAACCUGGAAUGGUCCACUUCAUUGAUCUUGAAAGGGGUGAUGAUAAGAAAGGAAGAGAUCCUACCAAUGAGGUGCUAUCAUCCGUAUGACUAGCAAGAAGCACUGAAAACAGAGACCAGCCUGCCAGUAUAUCUACAGAUGGUUUUCCACUUAUAAAAGAAACAGAUCUGUUGUGAGUUUGUCACUUGAGAUAACUUUAAAUGUUGGACAAUAUCAUCAGUGAAUUAGCUGUUUAAUCAGAUCGUAUGUGAGAUGAUAGCAUACAUAUAUAACUAACAAGAACUAAUGUUUAUAAUGAAGACAGAAGACAAAAGAAAUAAGAAAAAAAGACAUCCAUUUUAUGAAAUUUGCUCCAAAAUUCAUAUCUUCCAAAAUUUUAAAAAAUAGUUCAAUUCUAAUUUCUUCUUGGGAAUCCUAUGUCCUUUAUACAAAAUAGAAUAAUAUUGAUGUAUUUUUUUGUGCAUGUUGCCAUAUUAUCCAUUAAUACAGUGUUCCCCUUUUGAAAUUUCCAUAUUGUUUUUUUUUUCAUUUCUUGAUUUAUAUGCUAAAUGUUUCCCUGAUUUAUUUGCAAAUUCAAUUUUUUUUGCUUUGCAUAAUUCAUUUUAUAUCCAUUUCUUUUAUUAACAUCAACAACUAUUGUUGUAAAAAAUUUAAUUUGAUGAGAAAUAUUUAUCUUCCUUGGAAAUUUAAUUGUUCUUUUUUUAUCUCAAGAUAGCCUAUAUUUUCCUUUUUGAGUAUUAUAUUGUAUGCUAUCCUCUCAUAAAAACUUUACUUGCAUCCCACACCAUUCUUAAAUCCAUGGCCACAGUUAAAUUAUGUUCAAAAAAUCUGUUAAAUUCUUUUUAUAAUCCAUUAUUCUCUUUAUAAUAGUAUUUCAUUUAAUCUCCAUCUAAAAGUAGUAGCUUUCUCUUUAUAAACCUAACUCAUGAGAUUAUGAUCAGGUUUUGGCAAGAUCCCUACUUUAGAAAUCAUAGUAGCUAGAUUCUUUGAAAUCCAAAACUUAUCUACUGGAUCAAAAUUGCGCUUCCCAUGCAAAAUAUCUCACAAAGUAUAGCUGCUCAUCAUAUAACUGAUAAAAUGUAUAGGGAUGAGAAAAAGGUGGAAGCUGAUCUGUUUUCAGUGCACUUAUUCAAACAAAUGAAGCAUUACUGUGCCAAUUUUAUAUACAUGAAAUGUUUAAUCUCAUCCAUUUUGCAUACACUGUGAUUUUUUUAAAAAAGUAAUUAUAAUAAAGAGGUUUAUUUAUUAAUUGUUUAAAAUACUACUGGAAUAUUUUUUGGUAACUGAUGUUUUGCAUUCAAAUAUUCUUUUACUAACAAAGAGCUACUUCUAAUUGCCUGUUUGAAAGCAUACAUGGGAAGGAAAAAUUAUUCAGGAGAGCAUACAGAGUGUUACUUUGGACAGUCACUGCUGUUUAUGGCUUAAGCUGCUCACCCUCAACAUGUAUAUAUUGGAAAGUCACCAUUAGCAAAGACCUAAUGCAGGGGUAUCAAACUCAUGGCCCGCAGGCCAGAUGUGUCAUACACUGGCCACCCCCAGCUUAGCGAAGGGGGGAAAAGUCACAAUACAUCAUGUGACGACGACAUGACGAUGCAAGUUUGACACCCCUGUGCUAUGUGGAUUUUACAGGAGUAAAAUCAAUGCAAUUAAGUGGUGUCUGCAAUCUCUCCAUAUAUCAAUUUAGAGAAGGCCAAAAAAAAUCAAGAUUGUGUCCCUUCCUCUGGAGUUGCAUACAUGAUUCAUACAAAAAUGGUGGGGCUUGAAUUAUAUGUCAUAAACAGCAUCCUGACUUUUCUGAUAUUGCCAACAUACCCUGAAUCAAUCAACUGGAAUAGUGUUUGGCAGCCUUGGGAACUUUAAAACAUAUGGACUUCAGCUGUCAGGUCUUAAGGUUGCUAAGGUCAACAAACAUUGAACUAGAGCAUGGAAUGGUAUGUGAUAGUAUGUGGUGAAUUGUAUGUGGUGAAUUAUACGCAUGUGUUUAUAUGCUACAAGUGCUUUUGGUUGAAAAGUAAUAAUAUUUACAUUUGCUAACUAUAGCCAGUAUUAUAAUUUCAGUAGAGAUAUGGCUCUUUUGUUCAGAACUCAUUGGUCUCCAUUAAUGGCUGAUUAGUGAAAAGGGAUAAAUAUAUAGUCCCACUCUGGCAACACACAUUUUUACAAGAAAUGAUGAUUGGGACUACCUUACUAAUAAUGGGUAUUUAUAUGCUGGAAAAAGUAUUCAAUGCCCAGUAUAAGGUUUUUUUCCCUUCCUAUGGAAAUUAUUUCUUAACACAUCUAUCAGGUCUGAAAUACUUAAUUGAGUCAAUUAAAAGUGAGAUUGUCAGGAUUUCUGAAAAAAAGAACAAUAAAAAUAGCAGUAAACUGAUUCUUCAGUGCAUUUUGUGUCUUGAAAAUAUUUCUUGCAAAUAAAAAUCCAGAUAAAUGUAUAUGUAAAUAAACACAUAAUUUAGCCCUCUAAAUGAGCAAAUAUAGAUUGUCUUAUUUGCUACCAAUUAAUCUUCAUCCCAAAACCUUAACAUGUAAUUUUCAUUAAUUGUCACUGAUGGGGCAUCAUGGAUAGACCUUUUUCUUCUGAUGAGGAAAAAUAUGAUAUCAAUUGAGCUACAUUAAAGUUAUUGAUCCAAGAUCAUGUAUUGUUGCAUAGACAAAAUUCAAAAUAAGUAAUAUAUGUGAAAUAAUCUUGAUCAAACCUUUGAAAAGCUUGUAAAAAGUUGUUUUAAACAUAACAAAUGUUGUUUAAAACAUAACAAAUGCCAAGUCUCAAUGUCUUUCAAACCCAUAAAAAUCAGAAAAAUCAUACAGCCUUUUAUUGAUAUGAAAAAGAUGAAUUUAUUGAGCCUCAAAAAUUACAAUGUGAUAUAGUUGCAUGUGAUACUUCUGAAUUGUUUUGCAUAAGUAAUAAUUAUUUUAUUAAACAUUAAAGGUUUACUUUUCAUACACAA